AUGUCAUCCACCGACCCUCCCCUUCCCGCACCACUGAAGCGCACCUCCAGUAUCUCCGCUGCCUCCGACACCUCCCAGACUGCCCACGACUACAUCGCCUCGCAACUCUCCCUCGAAGCCGAAGCCCGCGAAGCCCUUCCUUACCAAUUCGAUACCUGCACGAAACCUCUCGGACCACUGCGGCAAACCGUCUAUGCCUGUCUCACAUGCACGCCUCCACCCGCCUCCAAAUACCAACAAUUCACACCUGCGGGAGUUUGUUACUCGUGUAGCAUCUCCUGUCAUGGCGAGCACAACCUGGUGGAAUUGUUCACGAAACGGGACUUCGAAUGCGAUUGUGGGAGCACAAGGCUGAGUACGAGUGGUACGCCCUGUACUUUGCAAUUAAAUGCUGCCACGGGUCAGAAGGGUGGGGUGACCGGGGAGAAGGCGCGGGAGGGAAAUCGGUACAAUCAAAAUUUUGAGGGAAAGUUUUGUGGAUGCGGGGAGGAGUAUGAUCCGGAGAAGGAGAAGGGAACGAUGUUUCAGUGUCUUGGGUUGGGGCAUGUGCAGGAUGGAGGGUGUGGAGAGGAUUGGUGGCAUCCGGAGUGUUUGAUGGGGUUGCCUAGGACGAGACAUGAGGAGGAUGAAGAGAAGAAGUCCGCGGAGACGAAUGGCAGCACGGAAGAGCAUGCAGCCAUUGAAGACCCGCCGCCUCCACCUGGCUUUCCUGCUGAAGAUGACUUCGACCACUUGAUCUGCUACAAGUGCGUGGAUGCAUACCCUUGGAUCAAGCAAUACGCAGGUACACCUGGCUUUCUCCCUGCAGUGCCAGCCGAUGGCUCCUCUGCGCAAGCAAUAAACGGCCACGCUGCAAACCACAUCGAACCAGCAGCAGAAACCGCGAGCGUGGACGACAGCAAAAAGCGCAAAGCAGACGACGAGCCAGAGGCCUCGCAAGAAAGCAAUAAGAAAGCCAAGCCCGACACCUCUGUUCCCCACGCCAAUGGAGCAACCACCGCGGAUGCUUCUGCGAACGGCAUUCACAUCGCCGAUGCGCCCAUUCAGCCCGCGUCCGUACCUGUCACUUCGGAAGACGCCCCAGCACAACCCAAACACCUCUCCCUCUCACCCGCCACGCCCACGAAAAUCACCCUCUUUACAAAAGAAGACUUCCGCGACCACCUCUGCCGCUGCGCUUCAUGUUUCCCGCGUCUGAAACCCCACCGUCAACUCCUCGAAGAAGAAGAAGUCUACGAGCCGCCCGUCUCCGAAUCAUCCCACAACGGCGACGAUGCCGGCUCCGCUACUGGCAGUCUUCUGUCACGUGGUGAGGCUGCACUAUCUUCAAUGGAUAGAGUCAGAGCGAUCGAAGGCGUGAUGGCGUAUAACCACGUGCGGGACGUCCUCAAACCUUUCCUCAAGAGCUACGCGGAUCGAGGAGAAGCAGUCGGAGCGGAGGAUAUCAAUGCAUUCUUCGCGAAGCUGAGAGGUGACGAAGCUGCGAUGAGGGAGGCCGCUGCUGCUGCUGGUGCGAGUAAUGGAGGUGUAGAUGGCGAUGGGAGGAGGGAGCAGGGCGGGUACUGA